AUGGCCUCUGAAGCUGUAUUCGUGCUGCCAGGCGACAACAUUGAUCCGUCUCAUAUCCCCUCACAUCCUAAGAAGCCUCUCCGUCUUGGCCCCGGCUUGCGCCAUGUUCCGCCCAACGACAUCGUUCCUACAAUCGCCGGCCAGCUCGUCACAGACCGACAGAAGAAUGCAAUCCGGGUAGAGAAUGCUCGAGGAAGGUAUACCCCCCGUGUCGGUGAACUCGUCAUCGGAACCGUCCAGCGCAGCGCCGCAGAGAUCUUCUACGUAACCCUCUCCGACUACACCGCUCCUGCUCUCCUCCCGCAGCUCUCCUUCGAGGGCGCAACAAAAAAGACCCGUCCCCAGCUCGUCCCUGGUGCUCUCGUCUACGCGCGCGUCGCUCUCGCCAACCGCCACAUGGACCCAGAAAUCGAGUGUGUGUCGUCUUCAACGGGCAAGGCCGACGGGCUAGGACCUCUGACCGGCGGUAUGCUCUUUAACGUGUCACUCGGAAUGGCUCGGCGUCUUAUGAUGCCAAAGAGCGUGCAAGAAGGCCGCAUCGCGGUCCUGGAGGAAUUGGGCGCUGCAGGACUACAGUUUGAGACAGCAACAGGACGGAACGGCAAGUUCUGGGUCGACAGUGAAAGCACAAAGACGGUUAUCGCAGUGGGUAGAGCAGUACAAGAGACGGACGAGAAGAGGUUAGACGUGGAAGAUCAAAAGAAGCUUGUCAGGAAGAUCAUCAAGGAGCUGAGCUAG